AUGACCGCUCACAACGCUGAAUCCGGCGGUUCCGCCAGCCCGGAACCCCGCGGGGAGGAGAAGCCUGAAGAAACAGCUGGAGAGCAGGCCCGGAAUGACACGCUUUCCACGACAGGGACGUCCCUGCUCAGCCGUGAGCGAUGGCGCGGAGCUGCGCGCACCGUCCGCGACCAGUCGAGUCGCCUGGCGAGUAUUCUAAGCCAGCCGAUGGGCGAGCACGAAGCCGGACUGGGCUCUUCCAUUGUCGACCCGGAGAAGCUGGGCUCAACGGACGACGACGAGCUGGCGGCGAUUUUCCGCCGGAAUGGAAAUGGAAACGAGGCGAUCAGCGCCGCGCAGUAUCAGCAGGCUGUGCGCGCCGAGGCCGAACGCUUGAUGCAGGGCAUGAAAGGCGCGCCGGCCCCGUCUAACCAACCGCAGGGCGACGUCGAGGCGACUGCUCAACCCCCCGCCGCGCCGUCUCUACCAGGAGGUGUGCUCGCAGCGCUGUUACAGCUGCAGUCGAACGGAUCGCAGUCGCGCACGACGAGCUUGUACUCGGCGCCCGAGUCAGAGAGCGGCUCGCAGGCAACGCUCGUCGCGCCGCUCUCGACAACGCCAACACUAACAUCAAUGUCGACGCCGACCUCUCCCACCCGCCCAAAGGUCAAGCCCCGGCACUGGUACAAGAAGUCCGACCACACCGCGACGGCAUCCCUAGUGCGGGCGUCCAUGAACAUGGGCCACAUCGCCUCGUCCAACGCCUGGGCCAAGGCAGACGUGCCGCAGGUCGGGCUCCAAACGGACGACAAGAAGAAGAAGAAGACCACCAAAGACAGCAAGGAGGUCAAGCUGACCAUCCACAUCGCGGAAAUCAUCUUCCGCCAGCGCUACAUCAUGCAGCUCUGCCGCGCCUUCAUGCGCUACGGUGCCCCCACCCACCGUCUCGAAGAGUACAUGCAGAUGACAGCACGAGUCCUCGACAUCAACGCCCAGUUCAUGUACCUCCCGGGCUGCAUGAUCAUGUCGUUCGACGACCCAGUCACGCGCACGGCCGAGGUAAAACUCAUCCGUGUCCCGCAAGGCCUCGAUCUCGGGCGCCUCGAGGCCGUGCACCACUGCUACAAGCGCGUCACGCACGACAUGGUCGACAUCCAAACCGCCAUCGCCGAACUAACCGAGCUCAUGGACCGCAAGCCGCGCUACAACAAGUGGCUCGUGAUCCUGCUGUACGGGCUCGGCUCCGCAGCCGUCGGGCCCUUCGGGUUUUCCGCGCGCCCCAUCGACCUCCCCAUCAUCUUCUUCCUCGGCUGCUGCGUCGGCUUCAUGCAGCACGUCCUCAUGCCCCGCUCCGCAUUAUACGCCAACGUCUUCGAAGUCAGCGCCGCCAUCAUCGUCUCCUUCCUCGCCCGCGCCUUCGGCUCAAUCCGCCUACCCGGCCACACAGACCCGAUCUUCUGCUACGCGUCCAUCACCGAGUCCUCCAUCGCGCUGAUUCUCCCGGGCUUCUCCGUGCUAACAAGUAGCCUGGAACUCCAGUCGCACCAAAUGAUCGCGGGCUCAAUCCGCCUCGUCUACACAAUCAUCUACUCCCUCUUCCUCGGCUACGGCGUCACAGUCGGCACAACCAUCUACGGCGCCAUGGACAGCGACGCAACAAGCGACACGACCUGCGCCCGCCAGUCCGUCUGGGGCAGCGUGUACACGCAGCACUUCCCCUUCGUCGCGGUGUACUGUCUCAUCGCGGCGCUGAUUAACCAGGCGAAACUCCGACAAACACCCAUAAUGGUCCUCAUCGGCACAGCGGGGUACAUCACCAACUACUUCAGCACGCAGCGGCUGGGGUCGUCGUCCGAGGUCGCGAAUACGGUCGGCGCAUUCACCAUCGGCCUCCUGGCGAACCUGUACAGUCGCAUCUGGCACGGGAACGCGGUGUCCUCGACCAUCCCGGGUAUCUUCACGCUUGUGCCUUCUGGCUUGGCGUCGAGUGGCUCGAUUUUGAGCGCGAUUGAGUACAGCGAUGCGGUGAGGAAUGGGACGGCGGAUACGUCGGGUGGGAGUGGCGGGACCUCCUUGACGAGUCUGGGCUACGGGAUGAUUCAGACGGCGAUUGGGAUUACGGUGGGCUUGUUUGUCAGUGCGCUGAUUGUUUAUCCGCAUGGGAAGAGGAGGAGCGGGUUGUUUUCCUUGUGA